CGCUAGCCUCUAAAUCGUUUUGUGGCUGCAAACGAAAAAACGAGUGGUUUGUGGAGUGUUGGAGUGUUUUCUCUUUCAUUUCCAGGCUCUGGCUCAACUGGAAAGCAAAAAUGGCGGCCAAUUACAUGACCUCCUCCUCCUCCUCUCAGGCGCUUCUUCUUCUAUCCACUUGCCACCACCACCACCAUUCCAGAACAACCACCCUCUCCUCAUCCUUAUCUUCCUUUCCCCUUUCUAUCUCUAAAGCUCUUCAAUUCUCCCAUUCUUCUUCCUAUUCUCUCUCUUACUCCUCCUCGAGGAGCUUCUCUAUCUCUUGCCAGGCGGCUGCUUCCGGAACUGCCGUCUCCGACCUCGACGUCGCCGCCCAAGUCGGCCGGGACCGUCUUUUAAAGGUUCCGAUUUCCAAUAUCAAGAAUUUCUGUAUAAUUGCGCAUAUCGAUCACGGCAAGUCUACUCUAGCGGAUAAGUUGCUCCAAAUGACGGGGACCGUACAGAAGCGUGAAAUGAAGGAUCAGUUUCUUGAUAACAUGGACUUAGAAAGAGAGCGGGGCAUCACCAUCAAACUCCAGGCAGCUCGGAUGCGUUACGUGUUCAAAAACGAGCCGUACUGUCUCAACUUAAUAGAUACUCCAGGGCAUGUCGAUUUCUCUUAUGAGGUUUCCCGAUCUCUUGUUGCCUGUGAGGGUGCUCUCCUUGUUGUAGAUGCUUCCCAGGGAGUGGAAGCCCAAACGCUGGCCAAUGUUUAUUUGGCACUGGAAAAUAACCUAGAAAUUAUUCCUGUUUUGAACAAAAUAGACCUUCCAGGUGCUGAACCAGACAGGGUUAUCAGGGAAAUUGAGGAGAUUGUUGGUCUAGAUUGUAGCAAUGCAAUACGCUGCUCCGCAAAGGAGGGAAUUGGUAUAAGUGAAAUUUUAGAUGCAAUUGUUGAGAGAAUUCCCCCACCACAGGAUACUGCUGAUAAGCCAUUGAGAGCUUUAAUAUUUGAUAGUUACUAUGAUCCUUAUAGAGGUGUCAUCGUAUAUUUUCGAGUUGUUGAUGGGAAAAUAAAAAAAGGCGACAGAAUUUAUUUUAUGGCUAGUGAUAAGGACUAUUUUGCUGAUGAAAUUGGAGUAUUAUCUCCCAGUCAGUUACAAGUUGAUGAAUUGUACGCUGGCGAGGUUGGCUAUCUUUCAGCUUCUAUAAGAUCGGUAGCUGAUGCGCGGGUUGGGGACACUAUCACCCAUUAUGUUAGAAGGGCAGAAGAUUCAUUGCCUGGAUACGAAGAAGCCACACCGAUGGUGUUCUGUGGCUUGUUUCCUGUUGAUGCAGACCAGUUUCCGGAGUUACGCGAUGCACUUGAGAAACUGCAACUUAAUGAUGCUGCUCUAAAGUUUGAACCUGAGACCUCAAGUGCUAUGGGUUUUGGCUUUAGAUGUGGUUUCUUGGGUCUUCUACACAUGGAAAUUGUUCAGGAAAGGCUUGAGAGAGAAUACAAUCUGAGCUUAAUAACUACUGCCCCAAGUGUUGUAUACAGAGUGAACUGUGUAAAUGGUGAUACUGUGGAGUGCUCAAAUCCAUCUUUACUUCCCGAACCUGGAAAAAGGACUUCAAUUGAAGAGCCUUUUGUCAAGAUUGAGAUGCUUAUGCCGAAAGAUUAUAUUGGUCCACUCAUGGAAUUAGCUCAAGAUAGAAGAGGAGAUUUUAAAGAGAUGAAAUUUAUUACUGAGAAUAGGGCAUCAAUUACCUAUGAAUUACCCCUUGCAGAGAUGGUGGGUGAUUUCUUUGACCAGCUGAAAUCCAGAAGUAAGGGUUAUGCCAGCAUGGAGUACACAUUCGUCGGGUACAAGGAAAGUGAUCUGAUAAAACUUGACAUUCAGAUUAACGGUGAUCGUGUUGAACCAUUAGCAACUAUAGUACACAAGGAUAAGGCUACCUUUAUAUAUAUAUAUAUAUAUAUGACACAAAAGCUGAAGGAGCUUAUACCACGACAAAUGUUUAAAGUACCAAUUCAAGCGUGCAUAGGUGCCAAAGUGAUAGCUAGUGAGGCUUUAUCAGCAAUCAGGAAGGAUGUUUUAGCCAAAUGCUAUGGUGGAGACAUUACCAGGAAAAAGAAGUUGCUUAGAAAACAGGCUGAAGGGAAGAAGAGAAUGAAGGCUAUUGGUAAAGUAGAUGUUCCUCAAGAAGCGUUCAUGGCAGUGUUGAAGCUUGAAAAAGAAGUACUGUGAUGUUAUGAACUUUAUAGCUUGUAAUUCAUUAAAAAAAAAAAAAAAAAAAAAAAAAAACAUACCCUCUGUAGCUUCUGUUGUAAAACAAUGAAUGCAAUAUAAUAACAUUAUUAAAUGUCAAAA